AUGGCCGGCGGAGGGAUGCCGCCAAUGCAGCAGCUGCAGCUGACGCAGCCGCUGCCUGGCCUGAUGCUUGCCCGGGCCGCGUCGCAGCCGGUGGCCAGGAGUGCCACCUACGAUGUUCUUGGGGAGGUGCUGAAGGACGAGUUCGUCGACGGCCUCUGCAGCCUGCUGGUCAUCAUCGCAAAAGAGGAGGGCCAGCGCCAUGACGCCGCGUCCGCAAACGGCCAGCAGGAACAGCAGCAGGAGCAGCUGCACGAGCAGCAGCAGGAGCAGCAGCAGCAGCAGGAACAGCAGCUCCAGGAACAGCAGCAGCGGCACCAGGAACAGCAAUCCCAGCAGCAGCAGCAGCAGCAGCAGCAGCAGCAGCAGCCGCAGUCUGACGACGGAGGCGCAGAGCAGCAAGCGUCAGCGAUGGAGUUGGAUCAAGGCGGCGGCUUUGGCAGCAGGGACGCUGGUGUGAAGGACGAGCAGUUGCUCAAUGGCGGCGGAGCGUCGGUACUCUCCGAGGAGCAGCAGCAAGAGCAGGAGGAGCAGCAGCAUGCCCUGGAUAUCCACGCGGCACUAGCGGCCGCGCAGGCCGCAGUGCAGGCCGCCAGCGCGUCGCAGGGCGCAACGGACCAGCUGCCGCCGCUGGUUCCUCCGGGACAGGUGCGGCCCUGGCCCCUGCUGCCAUCACCAUCUCCCUUGCAGCAGCAGCCGCAGCAGCAACAGCACCAACAGCAGCACCAGCAGCACCAGCAGCCUGUGAGCGACCGGUACGCGGCGCAGGAGUUGGCGGUGCUCUCAGAGUUUCAUUCCAUCCUGCAGCGCGUCAUGGGGAUCACGAAGAAAAAGAUCACCGAGCAGCAGCAGCAGCAGCAGCAACAACAGCAGCAGCAGCAGCAGCAGCAGCAGCAGCAGCAGCAGCAGCAGCAGCAGCAGCAGGAGCAGCAGCCAGGGCUCGCCUCGCCCCAGGGCGAGGCACCCGCGUCUGGUGACGCCGCGGGCGGCGGCGAGCAGCCGGCGGCGCCGGCGCUGCUGCCGAUGGCAGGGCUGCCGUUCCUCUUGCCAAACGCGCACGGGCAGGGGGUGCAGCAGCUGCCGCAGGGGCAGGCGCUGCCGAUGCGGCCAGGGAUGUUCCCGCUGCCGCUGCCGCUGCCGCUGCUGCACGCGGGGAUGCUCCCGGGCCUGUCCGACUUGAUGGCGGCGGGCGGCUUCACGCUGGCGCCGCUGGGCACGCAGCCCGGGACCGCGCACGUCGGCGCGGGCGCGCAGCAGGGCGAGCAGGGGGCCGUGGCGGGACCGGGGGCAGGCGCCGUGCAGGCGCUUGGGCAGGGGACUUGA